GUGAAACGACCGAUGAAUGCAUUCAUGGUCUGGUCGCGUCGACGUCGAAGGGACGUAGCCAGAGAAUUCCCAAAAAUGCAUAACUCUGAAAUCUCGAAAAGACUUGGAGCCGAGUGGAAGUCCUUAGAAGAAUCUGAAAAGACUCCUUAUAUCGACGAGGCGAAGAGAUUGCGUGCCAGUCAUCAGAGGGACCACCCAGACUACAAGUACAGACCGCGACGUAAG